CGUCAUUCCCAAGUGCAAGCUCUGGAGUAGCUUUUUUUUUUUUGCGGGAAGCAAAGCUCUGGAGUAGCUAGCAGCGCACAUCCAUGGCGCGCUUCCUCCUUGCCCUCCUCGCUGCCACCGUGGUCGCGGUUCAGGCUGGAGGUCAGCUGGCCCAAGCGGCGCUGGCGCCGGCCGAGGUGUUCUGGCGCGCCGUGCUGCCGCACUCGCCAUUGCCCGACGCCAUCCUCCAGCUCGUCCAACCUGCAGCGGGUCUGUCUUACACCAGCUUCUUGAGCAAAGGCAGGGUCAAGCCUCCCUUCGACUACCAAGAGUACAUCCGCUCGUCGUCCGAUGAUGAGUCGAGCGAACGCACCGCCGGAGAGCGGGAGUUGGAGUACGACGACUACAAAGGCGCCGACAAACGCCGUGACGCCACCUUUAACCCUUUCAACUACAUGUACAAGGCGCCUAGCAAAACACGGCCGAGCCCUUUCGAUUACAUGUACAAGGGGCCUAGCAAAAGCCAAGCGGGAGAACGGCUUGGCGCCCCCGCUGGUAACCCUUUCGGGUACCACUACAAGGCGCCGAGCAGCAGCCAUGCCGGAAGCGGGGCGUCCACGGCUAGGGUCGGCAAGGCGGAGACGACGACGGUGUUCUUUCACGAGGAGGCGGUGCGCGUCGGCAAGAGGCUCCCGUUCUACUUCCCGCUGACGACUCCCGCCGCUCUCGGUUUCCUGCCGCGCCAGGUCGCCGACUCCGUCCCGUUCACGACGGCCGCGCUACCCGGCGUCCUCGCGACGUUCGGCAUCGCGUCCGACUCCGCCACGGUGGCCAGCAUGGAGGCGACGCUGCGCGCCUGCGAGUCGCCGACCAUCGCCGGCGAGUCCAAGUUCUGCGCGACCUCGCUGGAGGCCCUGGUGGAGCGCGCCAUGGGAGUUCUGGGGACCCGGGACAUCAGGCCGGUGACGUCGACGCUGCCCCGCGCCGGCGCUCCGCUGCAGUGGUACACCGUCCGCGUCGUGCGGCCGGUGGAGGGGGGCCCGGUCUUCGUGGCAUGCCACGACGAGGCCUACCCGUACACCGUGUACCGGUGCCACACCACCGGCCCGUCCAGGGCGUACAUGGUGGAGAUGGAGGGCGCGCGCGGCGGCAACGCGGUGACCAUCGCCGCCGUGUGCCACACCGACACGUCCCUCUGGAACCCGGAGCACGUCUCCUUCAAGCUGCUCGGCACCAAGCCCGGCGGCACGCCGGUCUGCCACCUCAUGCCGUACGGGCACAUAAUCUGGGCCAAGAACGUGAAGCGCUCGACUGCGUGAGCGUCCCGGCCAGCUCUGUUGUCUCGCCGGAGCCAAGAUCGAUGUACCACUAGUCUACUACUAUCUGUUUCUUACCUACGUAUUCUGUUGUUCAUGCCACCAGAUGGUCACCAGAGCAGCGUUUGUAAUAAAAGAACAGCUUCUGCAGAGCUGUGUUUAUUUACAUUACAUUUGCAAUUCGUAUUCAACUGCAUACAAAAACUCUGUACUUUUGCAUGUCACUGUGCCACAGAACCACUAGCAUGCCAAGAAAUGGCUUCCUGGACCGCUUAAGUGACCAAUAUGGCUGUUCGAACCAUAUUCUUGUAGAAGAACAAAUGGGACAUUCUGUAGAAGAAACAUAAAGAAUUUUUUCUUGUAGAAGGAAUAUGGCAGGACCCUGCCAUUUGGCUAACAAAGUGUCAUUCUGUAGAAGAAACAGAAUGAAAUUUCCCAAGGAAUAUGGCAAAAGACAUCUGGCUUUUGGUUGGAAGGAAAAACGACAUUGUAAAAGAAACAGAAAGCGUUUUCCGAUAGUUUUGAAAUUAGGUCAAGAAACACGUAGCAAAUAAUGUUCACACAUUAAGAUCUUUUACAAAAUAGAUGGCUACCAUGCCUUGCCACUCACAGAUUAGAGUUUCAUAGUCAUUACCCCUUAACACUUUGUAGAUAUGGGUUGCAGUAUCUAUCCGAAUAAGUGUAGCAGCUGACCAAAAUCUACUUAAGAAAACAUCUGCAGUUGAACAACGGGGCUACAUUUACUAGGGAAAAACUGCAUCGACAUCUACUAAAAA